AUGCUGAUGUUGAUGCUGUUGUGUUCAGCUGCUGUAAACCCUAUAUGUUCUUCGGUGGUCUCGUUUCUUCGCAGUCGCUCUGGUACAGCUGUUAUUUUCUUUGGCUUAGAAGCCCACUGUGUGCUUUUAUGCGCUGCUCUACUGAUAUAUUGCAAAUUAAUCAAUGAGGCGAUUGAGGCCUUCGAGUUCGUUGCGAAUAAACGACAAACUGUUCUACGAAUCUCUCCGUCACAGAUUCGUACUAUUGAUCUCCUCAAGAAUCUCGUCUCGUCGGCUCCGGUUGUAUUGUUACCAGUGAGUCGUCCGAUGUUGCUUUGUUCUAUAUCUCUUUCUACUCUUCCAAUUUUGGCUGGGAUUCGUAGUGGCUUAGAACCUGUGAUUGAAGUGUUCGUCGGUACAACAAUGGUGUGGGAUUCCAUUGGGUCUCAAAGGCGUACUAGUAUCUGACUCGUUAUGCGCUGAACUCGUCAUGAAUAAUGUACGAUUAGAUGGUCAAGUUGCGAUAAUAUUGUCAUGUUGUCCGUCAAAUCCGGCGGACUCAUCCUCGAAGAAAGUUUUGUUCUGCCUGGUGUUCCACACUAGCAUGGCUAGCGAUCUGAUGAAAUUUACUCGAACCGAUGUUGACAUUAGUGCAGGGGAAGAAAGCAAUGUACCGUGUGAUUUCAGAGUCGACGAAAGCCGUACUGGACGCGCACUUCCUUUGGUACAGGGGCAAGGAUACCUGGCCUUCUUCUUCGCCACAUCACAAUCCAAUGGUCUCCUCGGUGUUGA